AUUUAUAUAUUAGUUUUUUCGGAAUUUUACUGCACAAGUUGUCGUUUGCAUUUAAGACAAUAAACAAUGGUGUUCUCGGUUUUUAUUAAAAAUUGUUCGAUCGUUUUCUACCAACGACAACGUGGUCUGUCAAAACUACGAAAAUAUGGGGCUCUCUUCACGACGGGAUUCGCUCUCUUUUCUUCCCGAAGCACCAUCGACACUUCAGGUUUCAUGGCACUGCCUGUCACACCACUUGACCAACUUGAGAAGCACCCCGAUGACAUGAAAACUAAGAUGGAACUGAUGAUUAUGAAAGUACAAGCGGAAUUCUGCAAAGCUCUCGAAAUUGAGGAGGACUGCAACAAAUUUAUUGUGGAUAAGUGGUCUAGACAAGAGGGAGGUGGAGGAAUAACAUGCGUCCUCCAAGAUGGUAAGGUAUUCGAAAAGGCGGGUGUAAAUAUUUCUGUUGUUUCCGGCAAUUUGCCUUCCCAAGCCGUAAGUCAAAUGCGAUCUAGGGGCAAACAACUUUCCGGCAAGAACCUGCCCUUUUUCGCUGCAGGAAUCAGCGCUGUGAUACACCCUGUUAACCCCAUGGUACCGACAAUACACUUCAACUAUAGAUAUUUCGAAGUCCAAAAUGGCGACGGCGAAGUUCAGUGGUGGUUCGGAGGCGGUACCGACUUGACGCCUUACUAUCUAAAUACCGCAGACGCCGUACAUUUUCAUCAAACUCUUAAAGACGCCUGCGAUAAGCACAACAAGAAGUACUAUCCUAAAUUCAAAAAGUGGUGCGACGACUACUUCAACAUACCCCAUAGGGGUGAAAGACGUGGAAUUGGAGGAAUCUUCUUCGAUGACCUCGACACCCCAAAUCAACAGGCGUGCUUUGAAUUCGUAACUGAUUGUGCAAAUGCCGUCAUUCCAUCAUAUAUUCCAUUAGUAAAAAGACAUAAAGUGGCUAAAUAUUCAAGAGUAGAGAGAGAAUGGCAACUCCUAAGACGUGGUAGAUACGUAGAAUUCAACCUGAUUUACGAUAGAGGUACGAAAUUUGGAUUGUACACACCCCAGGCGCGCUAUGAAAGUAUUCUGAUGUCGUUGCCUUUACACGCCCGUUGGGAAUACAUGCACGUACCCGCAGAAGGUACUCCAGAAAGUGAGCUACUUAAAGUAUUAGUUAAUCCCAAGGACUGGAUUGAGGGAUGUAAAUGCGAAGAGGACCCCAAGGACAAAGAGGUUGUUAAUAAAUAAAAGAAUAUUUUUAUUGAUUGUUAUUGUUAUAUUAAUAAAAUAUAAUAAAUAUAAACAUUA